CAGGAGAGCGGCCUGGGUCACGUUGAAGCCAGUCCACAGACCGUAUUUCAGCAUGUAGCUACAAGAUGGCAUCUCGUUAGAACCGAUUCCACAUUCACCAACCCUCUGAGGAUGCGAUGGCGUUACUUACUUCUCAGGAGGAGUGUACAUCGUCCCGUACAUCGUACCAACACUGGCAACCAGGCCCAAUCCGACAACAGCCCAUGGGUUCGCAGCCAUCAGACGGAAGGUCCAUCCGUUGGUGUGCAGCGCCCGAGCGGCAAUGGCGAUAAUACCAACUCCAAGCCCAGUGUGCAGGAACGUCUGGUUCAGAUAUUCUCGCUCAUACGGAGGCAUUCCACCAUCCUCGCGGGUCUCGCGGUUGAAGAUCAGGUUCGCAGCCAGCAUCGUUCCGCCCACGAUGGCGGCUCCGUACAGGAUCUUCUGGCUCAGGUUGCCUGCUUGGGGCACCUGGUAGGUCUCCUGCAUGUACGUGCGGCGGAAAGCAUUCUGGAAGGUCUGUCUGGAUCGGCUGAGGAUCAAGGACGAUGA